AUGGCUUCCAAUCGCCCAGGAGAAUGUUGUAUUCGAGGAGUUCUUCAUGAGGGGACACCCGCUGGAGGGGAGAAGGAAUUCGCUGGAGUGAAUACCUAUUUUGCCUAUCCUGAAUCAAAGAAUACCGAUAAAGCAAUACUCUUGCUUACUGAUGUGAUGGGAAUCUACAUCAAUCCUCAACUCAUUGCCGAUCAGUUCGCCGCCAACGGAUACUUAGUUGUGAUGCCUGACAUUUUGGAUAACGACCCCGGAGAACCGCCCUGA